UUCUCAGGGUGUGAUUUCUCAGACUGAGGCCAACGUCAUCGAUCAGAUCUGCAGCGCUGCUUCCUCCUCUGAGCUCCAAAACUUGCUCACUCUGAUUCAAAACGACAUCAAGAGCGUUGCUUCUUCCUUGACUAUCCCCACCAAGCGCCAGGCGAACGUUACUACAGAGAUUACAACCCUCAUCGCAGAUGCCGUUUCUGCAGGUAUCAUCUCUCAGAGCGAUGCCACAGCCAUUACUUCUGCCCUUGCGUCUGCUCCCUCUGCCCAAGAACUCCAGAGCCUGCUAACUCAGAUCGAGACCGACAUCCAGAGCGCCGCUGCUUCGCUCAAGUCGACGCCCACCAAGCGUCAGGAUGCUGCCACCGAGCUCAAGACUCUCGUUUCCACCUGCGUGCAACAGGGACUUAUUUCUCAGAGUGCUGCCACCGUCCUCGACUCACUCAUCGACUCGGCUUCCUCUGAGGGUCUCCAGAGCUUGAUCAACAUCAUCGAGGCUGAUAUCAAGUCGCUUUUGACUGGAUCUACUGCUGGCAAACGUGCCGAUCUCUCCAGCGAAGUCACCUCUGAAAUUCAGAGCACCGUGAGCGAGAUCGAGUCGCUCUUGCAAAGCCGUGAUGUCGCACUUGACUAAACGUUCUUCGACUAAACGUUCUUCACGAGAUAUACCCUUUAUAAUGCAGAGAUCAGUGGUUCAACUUGCUUAAUUAGUUAUGGGGCACAUUCGCAUUUAUCUACGUCUUUAUUUAUCAAAACAACGAAGCUUUCUGGCCGGUUCAGCGGCUCUAUACCCUUUCAAGUCUGUGUGCAACUAUAAGCAAGACUAAUAAGCAAGAGUGGAAGAAGCGGAGCGAUGUAGUCUGCUAUGAUGCUUUACAUAGCAUACGGUACGGUGCUACUAAGCCAAUCCAGUAAUCCGCAUCGACUUUUUCAGCACCGCUGUCCACAGCUUUACUAUGCCAUUGUCAUUGCAUUGAUUCAGGCGGGGAUAUCCACAAAGUCUAGGACGAGCCCAAGCCUCAGGACUUGCAGCAUCAUAUACGAUAUACGUUUGAAGACAAGAAAAGCACAUUGGAUGAUAGGGAGAGUGUAAUCACAAAUGUUACCGAUGUAGCAGCGUACGAAUGUGUUGUAUCUGAUUCGAGAAAAAGGAAGCUUGAAGAUCAAUGACUAUGUU